GUAUAUACAUUUUAUAUAACUAUAUUAUGUGUAUACAUUAUAUAUACACCUAAAUGUUAUAUAAAUUUCAUACACACACACCGAGUAUAAGUGGCCGUCAAGAGUCGUCGACUCCUCCCCGCCGCCGCCGCCGCCGUCUUGAAGACUCAACCGUUUGCUCCACUUAAAAAGAUCUCAUGUCGACAGCAAUCAGCGGUUCGCCCUCGUCUCGCUUUACCCAUCAUUUUACCCACAUUUUCACUCUUUAAUCACUCUACAAACACAAACAACAAAAUAGCAACAAACAAAAACAAUAGGGUCAACUUUUAUUUUGCUCAACUCCAUUCAGUUUUCCGUUUCGUGGCCCGUUCAAAGAUUUCCACUAAAAAGGAAAGAGAAAAAAACAUCUGAUGUAAGUUUAUUGACGAGUAACAAUGGAUUUGAGAAUGCUGAUUAUGGCAUCACUGACCAGUGGUCUUGCUGGAAUCGGUUAUUAUAUCUGGAAAAAGGCCCUGAAACCCACUCUACAGCUGCUCUAUUAUGACAUCCGUCUUUUGUCCACAUUAUCAAAAGUUGGCAAAGAAAAAAGUAAAAACUACAAAGUCAUGAGUUUAGCUGACGUCUUUCAGGCUUCGGUGAAAGCGAACCCAGACAAAGUAUUUCUCAUCUUUGACCAACAACAAUAUACUUACAGUUAUGCUGAUAAAAUCUCCAACAAAGUUGCUAAUCUUUUGCUAUCACUGGGAAUUCAGAAAGGUGAUGUUGUUGCCAUGGUGCUGACCAACAGUCCGCAGUUUGCUUGGAUCUUCCUUGGUCUUACCAAAAUUGGUGCCAUUCCUUCCUUAUUGAACUACAAUCUUCGAAGUAGUGGCCUUGUUCAUAAUUUGAAAAUCAGCCAUCCAAAGAUUGUCAUUAUUGAUAGUGAUAUUGAUAUUCAAAACAACAUGAAAGAAAUCCAACCUGAAUUCCACAUCCCAGUCUAUGUCGUAUCAACUUCAACGAAAUCCUGUAUUUUGCCAGACUUUUUGUCAUUUGAUGAUGUUUUGGAAUUGUCUUCAGAUGCAAUGGUAGAUCCCUCUUUGAGGAAGCCAUUACACAUGUCGUCUUUGUUUUGUUAUAUCUACACAUCAGGCACCACAGGUGUUCCAAAAGCCUGUAACAUCUACAUCAGCAAACUCCUGGGAAGUUUACGCUUUGGCAACAUCAUUGGAAUCUGUAACUCGGAUGUUAUCUAUGUCACUCUUCCACUUUACCAUUCAAACGGACUCUUUCUGGGUUUCAAUUUGGCUCUAAGUCGAGGAGCUACAAUUGUUUUGAAGAAGAAAUUCUCUGCCUCAAGCUUCUGGAAAGAUUGUUGCCAAUACCAAGUCACUGCUGUUCCUUACAUUGGUGAAUUGUGUCGUUAUGUUCUCUCACAACCCAUUACAACUUCAGAAUCCUUACAUCAAGUGAGACUUAUGUAUGGAAAUGGAUUGAGUAAAGAUAUAUGGAGCAAGUUUCAAAAUCGAUUUCAUAUUCCUCGAAUAAUCGAAUUCUUUGGAGCCACUGAGGGCAAUGUUCUGUUGAUCAAUACAGAGAAUAAAGUUGGUGCCGUUGGACGAAUAUCACCUUUUUUGAAUAAAAUCCUUCCCAAGACGUUACUAGUGAAAUAUCACAAUGGCACUGUGGAACCUCAAAGAGAUUGCCGAGGGAGGUGUAUACCAAUUUCUCCAGGAGAAACGGGGCUGCUUUUGAAUGAAAUCAUCCCCAGAUUUGAUAACAAGAUCUAUAAAGGCACCAAAGACUUGGAUAAUCAAAAAAUUGUGACAGAUGUGUUGAAAAAAGGAGACAAAUUCUUCAACUUUGGAGAUGUACUCUUCUUAGACAAAGAUUAUUUUGUUUACUUCAAAGACAGAAUUGGAGACACAUUCCGAUGGAAAGGAGAAAAUGUGGCCACACAAGACAUAACUGAAACUUUAAGAGACAUCAGUUUCAUUCAAGAUGUUGUUGUAUAUGGUGUGGAAGUCACAGGUUAUGAAGGCCGAGCCGGCAUGGCCUCUUUGAAACUCGAAAAUGCAGGAGCUUUGAGUAAGAACCAACUUGAAGUUCUCUACCAACACUGUCAAAAGAAAUUACCAACUUACUCGAUUCCACUGUUUUUACGAACACAAAAAGAAGUUUACCUCACAGGAACUUUUAAAUAUCAUAAACCAAAACUUCAGAAAGAAGCUUUUAAUCCAGAACUCAUCUCAGACUCUCUCUAUUUUCUCAACCGAUCAGCCAUGUGUUACGUUCCACUAUCAAACGACAUUUAUUUGCAGAUCUUACACGGAUUGUUCAAAGAAAACGGAUAAUCCAGGAUUUAAAAUACAAUAAAAAAAUCUUUUCCAGCGUUCAUGGAGUCAAAUAAAUUUGAAGAUCAAUUUUCAUUUUAUCAAUAAAUGUACCAAAUGAAUUACUCUU